AUGAGAAUUCGAAGUGACAGUCUCGUGCUCGGCGACAUGGGUCAGGUGAAGAGCGCUGAGCACAACGUUGGAUGUGUCUCCGGCGUCUCCGAUCGCGAGGACCAAGAUCGCGAGCAGUUGGCGAGAUUGGGUAAGAAGUCGGUUCUCAAGCGAAAUUUUCGUUUCUUGUCCAUUCUGGGAUUCAACUGCGCCAUCCUCAUCACCUGGGAAGGCAUGCUCCAGAGCUUCGCUCCCGGUCUGCAAAAUGGUGGCCCUGCUGGUCUCGUCUAUGGUUUCAUCUUCGUCUGGAUCGGCAAUCUCAGCGUCUUCUCUACCCUCUGCGAGCUUGUCUCUAUCGCCCCUACAUCCGGUGGCCAGUACCACUGGGUAGCCAUGUUGGCCCCUCGGUCAUGCUCUAAAUUUCUGAGCUAUAUCACUGGAUGGUUGACCUUGGGCUUGGUCGUCUUCAUGUCAACGUCAUACACUCCUCGGACAUGGCAGGGAACGUUGAUCCUCUGGCUGUGCAUCCUUGUCGCUGUUCUGAUCAACACGCUUGUCAACUCCAUGCUUCCUAAGAUUGAGGGCAUGGUCUUGGUUCUGCACAUCGUCUGCUUCUUUGCUGUGCUAAUUACGCUGGUCACUCUUGGCGCGCAUGGCGAUGCAGCUCAUGUCUUCCUCGAGUUCCGCAACACAGGCGCCUGGCCGACUCAAGCGCUCUCGUGGUUUGUUGGGCUACUAGGAUACGUCUUCUCUUUUGCUGGUGUCGACUGCUCUUUUCAUAUGUGUGAGGAGGUUGAAAAUCCUUCCGUGACCGUCCCAAAAUCGAUCAUGAUCAGUAUUGUCAUCAAUGGCAUGAUGGGCCUAGCCAUAAUCAUUGCUAUGCUUUACGGCGCCACCGAUAUUGACAGGGCCAUCGGCUCUAAAUCCGGCUAUCCCUUCAUUGAAAUUUUUUACCAGGCCACAGGAUCCAUGAGUGGGACUGCUGUCUUGACGUCUCUCAUACUUAUCAUGACUCUCUUUGCCAUUGUUGGCGUCAUUGCCGCUACUUCUCGAAUGUUCUGGGCCUUUGCCAGAGAUCGUGGCCUACCUUUCUGGCGGACUUUGUCAAAAGUUGAUCCUUGGACGAAUGUCCCUGUCUGGGCCAUCGGCACUACAAGUGUAAUCUCUUGCCUGCUUGGCCUUGUCAACAUUGGAUCUGCAGUCGUCUACAACGCGCUUGUCUCUAUUGCUGUCACGGGUCUCUACUCCUCUGCACUACCGGCUCUCGCCAACACGGCUGCUGGUCAAGGCCAGACACUGGCUUGGGGUCCGUGGCACGUCCCUGGUGUUUUCGGCAUCGUCAACAACAUCACGCCUACGACCCUGGCUACCACAAACUGGAGUGUCUUGAUGACUGGCGCGGUAGUGAUUUUCAGCGUGAUAUAUUAUCUGACUUGGGCAAAGAAGGAGUACAAGGGACCUAUUAUGGAGGUUCACCGUAACUAA